AUGGCUGCAAUGGCCCAACCAAGAUAUAAUCUCGAGGAUCCAGGUUAUGAGCCUCGCACUGCUCGCGACGCCCGCGAAGCAGCUCGUGCUGCGCGAAAUGGCCAGAGCCCGAGAUACAGACGCACUCAAUCGCCCGAGCAACUCGAUGACUUCCGCCCUCAGAGUGAAGAAUUCGACAUGCGCUCACCUACCUCUGACGUGGCGCUGCAGGACGCCAUUGUCGCACAAGCACAACAGCAGCAACAGCGUGUUGUUCCGGUUGGUCAGGUCACUCGCAAUGCCGGUCAGAGAAGACAGCCUCCAGGUCCAAACAACAACGCUCCCAGGGGUCCACAUCCAGGCCCAGGUCCUCAGCAACCAAUGCCUCCAACUUAUCCUGGCGGAAUGGACGGAGGUCCUCAGCAGCAGCCCAAUGGCCCUAGAGACGGUGGUCGCUACAGACGACAAUCGCGCCGCGGCUCGGAGUCUGAACCCCGACCUCAUGGAGAGUCACCUCCCCGAAAUGGACCAAACACCCAGCAGAGCCGUAUCUCUCAAUCCAUGGCCUCAGACCAGCAUCAGCAGCGUCGCGCGCCUUCGCCAGACCGUCUAGCAGUCCCUGGAAAUGACAUCAACCGUCUCAACAGCCCCUCCAUUCAGAAGAGCGUUCUUCAACCUCUGGAACAGAAGAUCCACGAGUAUGAUCUUCUCAUGAACGACGCUCAAGCCCAAAUGAAUCAGCUCGACGAUGAGAUUCGAGCUCUUCAGGAACGACGUCGCCAAGCUGAAGACCGCUUCAUCGAAGCCAAGUCCAAGCAUGAUGAUUAUAGCAGGCAGCAUGACCAGGUGGGCAAAGCUCUCCGCGGGGAACUCAUGCAGCAGCCCCCGCCACCCGCAGUCCGUCAGCCCGUUCAGCGCAUGGAGAGCAUCGACAGUUUCGAACAUCGACCCGUCAGCGUACAGAGCUCUUUUAAUCAGAAGCCUAAGAAAGGGGGCUUGCGGAUGAGCUUGUUCAAUCGAAGCAACUGA